GAAAAUGGGUCAAAAUAAUGUGGAAAUAUUCAACGUAAUAUAGGACACUUUCCUUUAGCGACUUAAGCUGGUUUGUUCGUGUUAAUCCGCAUAAUAUCGAUAUUUAUUUUGAAUUUGACGCGUUGAAGGGUGUGAUUUAAUCCCAUAUAUUUCAUCCGAGUGAAUUUUCGACUUUUUAAAGGUUAAGAGCGACGUAGGACAAACAAAAUGGCCGCAGAAUCUGAUUUAGUAAAUGAGAUUAGCCCUGUUGACUUCAUUCAGUUGCAGGAGUAUUUAGAAUACAGCAGGAUAAAGGUGAAAGAUGCAAUGAAGGAAUUCCAUGCUGGUGGAAAGCUGGUCCAUCACAGGUUUGGAGAUCACAUAGAUGCAACAGGAUUUUCUCUAUUCCUCAUGAAUUAUCUUGAAGUUGAUGAUUUUCCAGCUGAUCUCUGCCAGCGUCUCUACCAGUAUUUCCAAAGAUCUGAGCGGUCUGGUCCUGACCAAAGUCCUCACAGCAAAGAUGGUGGCAUCUCUCUUAAAGCUGUAUCUUGUUACUUUUCCAUAUUGGAGGAUGUAAAUCCACGAGACAAACUAGAAUACACCUUCAAAUUGUAUGAUAAAGAUGACAAUGGACUUCUUGAUAGCAAGGAAGUUGACAAAAUUGUUACACAGAUGAUGCAAGCUGCUGAAUACCUCGGAUGGGAUGUGACAGAACUAAAGCCAGUACUUCAAGACAUGCUGAAAGCCAUAGAUGUAGACAGCAGUGGUACUGUAACCCAUCGAGAAUGGAUACAAGGGGGCUUGAACAACAUUCCUCUACUGGUUCUGCUUGGAUUAAAGGUAGCUGAAAAGGACGGCCAGCAUGUCUGGCGACUGAAGAACUUCAACAGGCCCACAUAUUGCUUUGUCUGUCAAAACUUGAUGUUGGGUCUGCGAAAACAGGGCUUGUCUUGCAAUGUUUGCAAGUACACUGUCCACAGCAGCUGUGCCAACAAAAACCACACACCAUGCGUCAGGACCUUUGUCAGGUCCAAAACAGAGAUAGGGUGUUCAGUUCAUGACUGGAUCAGUGCUGACUGUGAGUCCAACAAAUGUGAGAUUUGCCACAAAAAGAUCAAGAUACUCACAGGAAAGAGCUGUGCGUGGUGCCGCCGCAUGCGCCACAGUGACUGUGUUCCUCUGGGCUCAUCCCAUUGUGACUGUGGGCAAUUACAGCAUCACAUCCUUCCACCAUGGGCCAUAUGUGCUAUGGAUCAAGCUGACUCGGGAAGCAGUCUGGGAGAAAAUUACCUGGUAAACAUGAACUCAGAUGGGCACUUUUUGCAGAUAUUUCCUGUGAAGGACACACACCCUCUCUUGGUGUUUGUAAAUCCAAAGAGUGGCGGAAAACAAGGAAAGAGGGUGUUGAGAAAGUUUCAGUUCCUCCUGAACCCACGGCAGGUAUACAAUCUUGACAAUGGUGGACCAAAUCCAGGGCUCCAGUUCUUUCAAAAUCUUCGUCAAUACAGAAUCCUGGUCUGUGGAGGAGACGGCACUGUCGGCUGGAUUUUAGAUGCAAUUGAUAAAGCUGACAUGGUGAUUCGCCCUCCAGUUGCAGUCCUUCCUCUAGGAACAGGAAAUGAUCUGGCACGAUGUCUGCACUGGGGAGGAGGAUAUGAAGGCAGUGAUCUGACAGAAAUCCUUAAGCAGAUCGAGGAGAGCACACUAGUGCAGAUGGAUCGCUGGAGUUUGCAAGUCAUUCAAGCUGAUCUGGCAGACGAUGGCGACCCACUGCCUAAUGACAUCAUCAACAACUAUUUCUCUAUCGGUGUGGACGCAUCUAUAGCACACCAGUUUCAUGUGAUGAGAGAGAAGGAUCCACAGAAGUUCAACAGCAGAGCCAGAAAUAAGCUGUGGUAUUUUCAACUCGCAACAUCCGAGACCAUUUCAGCUUCCUGCAGGAACCUCAAGGAAUGUCUCAGCAUCGAGUGUUGUGGCAUUCCUGUUGAUCUUAGCAGACUCUCGUUGGAGGGUGUUGCUGUCCUGAACAUUCCCAGCAUGCACGGCGGUUCAAACCUGUGGGGAGAAACAAAGAGUGUUGAGAGACUAAAGAAGUGGCAAGAGGUCACUGUUGAUGCUGAUGCUCUUGAGAUGUGCUCACAGGACAUGAAUGAUAAACUCCUAGAGGUUGUUGGGCUGGAGAGCGUCGUGGAAAUGGGUCAGAUUUACACGGGCUUGAAGAGUAAAGCACAUCGUCUGGUUCAGGCUGCUCACGUCACUAUCAGAACAUAUAAAACUCUGCCCAUGCAGAUUGAUGGAGAGCCGUGGAUGCAGCCGCCAUGUACAAUCUACAUCACACACAAAAAUCAGGCUAAUAUGUUGAUGGCUCCAUCUGCUAAAACACUGGGAUUCUUCCUCAAGUGAAACCGAAGCUUGAAGAUAAAGAUGUGAAGGACAAUAUAUUUUAGAACAUUAUACUAUAAUAAAUUGCUAUAAGAUUCUUUUUUUUUUUUUAAUAAAAAAAUAUUUUACUUUUUUCUUGCCUUCAUUACACUAGGCUUGUGUUCAGUUUUAGAGCUAAUUUGGUUGACACAUACUAAAUGAUGUAUUUUCUGUUAAGAAAAUCCAAGUUGCCUAUGUUACAGAAAUAAUACUAGUACCUUGCAAAACGGGAUUAUGAUUUUGUGAUUGGUAAUGCUUUUCAACAUGGCUGUAUUACAUUCUAAAUUAUAUGUGAGUUGUCCCUUCGGAGCAAACUUUUACGAGUCUUUGUUCUGUAGCAAGAUAUUAGCAUAAAACAUUGGAUUGGAUGCAUGAGAGAAGAACCUUCUAGAUUCUUAUAAUA